UCAUGAUGAAUGACUCGCUGAACUCCUUUUGUCCCGACGAUUCCUUCGGGCCAACAGUGAAAGUCCAAAGCUGUCGGGAUGGCUUCGAUUUUACCUUACUCUUUGAGGAGAGCAUAUUUACCAUCCUUCCAGCUACCUUAUUACUGUUCGCCGUGCCGUUUCGAUUCUGGUCAAUUUAUCGACGACCUGACGCGGUGAAAGGAUCGCUUCUCCGGAUUUUCAAACUCGUUACCAUCGUGGUACUGUGUCUACUCAGAUUGGCAUUGCUAGUCUUAUGGACGCUCCCUCUGUAUGCUGCAUUACGGACACGCGCGACCAUCGCAACAGCAGCGCUGGAUCUAGCCGCUACCAUUGCAAUAGGGAUUUUGUCGCCUCUGGAGCAUUCAAAGUCGCUGCGACCGUCGAUCUUACUCGGCGUUUUUCUCUUCUUCACAACAAUCUUGGACAUUGCAAGAGCACGAACAGAAUGGCUCCUCCCGGGCUCAUCCGCUACUUCCGCCGUAUUCGUAGCUGCGCUGGCUAUCAAGAGCCUGUUGCUGGUUAUGGAGGCCCUUUCGAAGGCGAGCCACAGUCAUACGCAGGGCCCAGAUAUGCCAGAACGGAGGAGUGGUAUCUACAGCCUUAGUUUCUUUGCCUGGCUGAACCCGUUGAUUUAUCAAGGCAAUUGGGGCAAUUUGACGGUCCAUGAAUUGUACCCAAUCGAUGAGUAUAUUUCUUCCCAGUCGGUCGACGAGCGAUUUCAGAAGCAGUGGGAUUCCAGUUCCAAAGAUAAAAGCUAUUCUCUCGCCUUAGCGAUAGCCAAGGCGCUCUGGGCUCCAAUCACUGUAACUAUGGUCCCUAGACUUGUUUUAAUCGCAUUCAGUAUGGCCCAGCCAUUUUUGAUUGAAGAUGCCAUCAAUUUUGUCGAGGGCGGAACCGAACCCAAUCAAUAUGGUUAUGGGCUGAUUGGAGCUUUUGGAAUUACGUAUCUUGGAAUUGCUAUUUCGACAGCGUGGUACCAGUAUCUGACUUCUCGGGCACUCACGAUGAUUCGCGCGGCGCUGAUCAGCAUCAUCUAUAAGUCGAGCCUUGAUAUCGCCGUGGGCACUGUAGAGGCGUCUUCUCCUGUAAGCUUGAUGGGGGCCGAUGUCGAGCGUGUCAUUUCGACGCUUCAGUGGGUCAUCAGUACAGCCCCCAACAUUAUUCAGGCUACCGUCGCCAUCUGGAUUUUAGAGACACGUCUCGGGGCAAUUUGCGUGGCACCUGUCAUUUUUGUUCUGAUUCUGGCAUACGCAUCUAGUCAAGUUGCUAAGAAAAUCCGGCCGCGCCAGCGACAAUGGAUGCAAGCAGUUCAGAAACGUGUGGCUUACACCUCGGACGUUCUUGGCUCGAUUAAGGGUAUGAAGAUGCUUGGUCUCACCAAUAUGAUCACUGGGAACGUGCAAGAUCUGAGAGAACAAGAGUUGCAAAAGUCGAAGCGUUUUCGAUAUGUACAGAUCGUCAAUAUCACCCUCGGAAAUGCCGCAAACAUGCUGUCUCCCGUCGUCACCUUCAUCGGCUAUGGCAUUAUUGCGAAGUACUCGUCCGGUAAGGCACCAAGUGCCGCAACCAUCUUCUCGUCGUUGUCUCUGCUGUCGGUGUUGAUCAGUCCGGUGAAUGAGCUAGUCUCAGCCAUUCCCAAUCUAGCCUCCGCGUUAGAGUGUUGCAAUCGUAUUCAACAGUACACGGAAGGCAAGAAACAGGUCGACUUUAGACGCCUGACCCGUGAGCCCAGAGUUUCUGAUGUUGAGACUGAUAGGGGGCCGAAAUACGAGAAAUCCGAAAGCGGCACCAGCAUCAUUGAACUUAGGCAGGUCAAUGCAGGCUGGUCUCCAGAGAAGACCGUCCUCCACGACCUCUCCGUGCAGAUUACUGCGGGCACACUAACCAUCGUUGUCGGGCCCGUUGGAUGCGGAAAAUCCACUUUACUCCAGAUCUUGCUAGGCGAAGGGAUCCUGCACAGCGGCUCAGUAAGCCUGUCGACAGAUGAUAUUGCAUAUUGUGAUCAGACGCCUUUCCUAACGAACCAAAGUAUCCGACAGAACAUCGUUGGCAACUUGGAUUAUGAUCAGGAAUGGUAUAUCUCUUGUUUGCGGGCAUGUGCCUUGGACGUUGAUAUUCGUCAGUUUCCAGACGGCGAUAAUAGCCGAGUGGGAAGUAAAGGUAUUUCAUUGAGUGGCGGGCAGAAACAACGCUUGACCGUCGCUAGAGCCGUCUACGCCCGGAAGAAGAUUGUCCUGAUGGACGAUUGCCUCAGCGGGCUGGACUCGGAAACGGAAUGGCACUGCUUUCACCAACUGUUAAGUCAAGAUGGGUUAAUACGACACACUGGUGCUACUAUUGUGCUGGUUACUCAUGCCGUCAAAUGGCUCCCGUAUUCAGAUCAGAUCCUCGUUCUCAGCCCAGAGGGUCGCCUAUUACAGUUCGGCACAUACCAAUCUCUCACAUCAGUACCCGGACAUCUUCAUAAUCUCAACUUGGAAAAAAACGGAUUCGAGAACGCAAGUUCCAUUACGAAGCUGGAUAUCAAUUCAAGUACAUCAGAUUCUCCAAUACCCGACGAAAAGAAGGAUAAGGAGGAAGCAGGUGAAAGUCGCGGACGUCGAGAUCCCCGUAAUCUUUUAUAUUACAUUAACACUAUGGGCAAACCAGCUUUUGGCUUAUUUCUACUUUUCACCACCAUACAGUGUAGUUUUAUAGCACUACAGCCACUGUGGCUCAGCUGGUGGGUCGACGCCAAUACGACGAGGCCGGAAACUGAUCUAGGAAAAUGGCUGGGCGUCUAUGCUGUCUUUGGGAUCCUGGCGCUAGCUUUUCUCGGGAUCGCUGCAGGGCACUAUUUGAUAUCACUGGUUCCCAGCUCCGCGAGUAGAUUGCACUACUCAAUUCUGAGAGCUACAAUGAGGGCUCCUAUGACUUUUAUCUCGGCCACGGACUCGGGAUCUCUCUUGAACCGGUUCACUCAGGAUAUGACCCUAAUGGAUAUGCAAUUACCAAUGUCCCUUUUGCUUUCCACCGAAGGACUUGGCAAAACCAUCGCCGGAGCAAUCCUGACUUGCGUCUCCUCAGGCUAUAUGGCCCUGUGUCUGCCUUUUUUUAGGAGUGGCGCUCUUCUAUCUUCAAAAGUUCUACCUCCAGACCUCCCGGCAGAUGCGGCUACUCGACCUCGAAGCCAAAUCCCCGCUCUAUACGCAUCUCACUGA